AUGUUGGGCCGGACCCUCCGAAAAGUUUCUGUGGCACUGAAACAAGGCCAAGUCACACCAACUGAGCUCUGUCAAAGAUGUCUCUUCCUUAUCAAGACAACUAAGUUUCUAAAUGCGUACAUUACUGUAUCAGAAGAAGUGGCCUUAAAGCAAGCUGAAGAAUCAGAGAAAAGAUAUAAGGAAGGUCACUCACUGGGGGAUUUAGAUGGAAUUCCUAUGGCAGUAAAAGAUAACUUUAGUACAUCCGGCAUUGAGACAACCUGUGCAUCGAACAUGCUGAAAGGUUAUAUACCACCUUAUAAUGCCAUGGUAGUUCAGAAGUUGUUGGAUCAGGGAGCUCUACUAAUGGGAAAAACAAACUUAGAUGAGUUUGCUAUGGGAUCUGGAAGCACAGAUGGCAUAUUUGGACCAGUUAAAAACCCGUGGAGUUAUUCAAAACAAUAUAGAGAAAAGAGGAAGCAGAACUCUCACAGUGAGAAUGAGGAUUCAAAUUGGCUUAUAACCGGAGGAAGCUCAGGAGGAAGUGUGGCGGCCGUGUUAGCAUUCACGGGCUUUGCGGCUUUAGGAUCAGAUACAGGAGGAUCAACCAGAAAUCCAGCUGCCCACUGCGGGGUUGUUGGUUUAAAACCAAGCUAUGGCCUAGUUUCUCGUCAUGGUCUCAUUCCCCUGGUGAAUUCAAUGGAUGUGCCAGGAAUAUUAACCAGAUGUGUGGAUGAUGCAGCCACUGUGUUGGGUAUACUAGCUGGGCAUGAUCCCGAAGAUUCUACCACAAUUCAAGAUCCUGUUAAACCAUUUAUACUUCCCAGUUUGACAGAUGUGAGCAAACUAUGUAUAGGAAUUCCAAAGGAAUAUCUUACACCAGAAUUGUCAAGUGAAGUACAAUCUCUUUGGUCCAAAGCUGCUAAUCUCUUUGAGUCUGAGGGGGCCAAAGUAAUUGAAAUCUCCCUGCCCCAUACCAGUUACUCAAUUGUAUUGUGUACAUCAGAAGCGGCAUCAAAUAUGGCAAGAUUUGAUGGGCUAGAAUAUGGUUACAGAUGUGACAAUGAUGUGUCUACUGAAGCCAUGUAUGCUGCAACCAGGCGAGAAGGGUUCAAUGAUGUGGUGAGAGGGAGAAUCCUCUCAGGAAACUUUUUCUUAUUAAAAGAACAUUAUGAGAAUUAUUUUGUCAAAGCACAGAAAGUGAGACGGCUCAUUGCUAAUGAUUUUGUAAAUGUUUUUAACUCUGGAGUGGAUGUGCUGCUAACUCCCACGACCUUGAGUGAGGCAGUGCCGUACACAGAAUUCAUCAAGGAAGACAACAGGACCCGCAGCGCCCAAGACAUCUUUACACAGGCUGUAAAUACGGCAGGAUUGCCAGCUGUGAGUGUCCCUAUGGCCCUCUCAAGCCAAGGGUUGCCAAUAGGACUACAGUUUAUUGGACGUGCAUUUUGUGACCAGCAGCUUCUUACAGUUGCCAAAUGGUUUGAAAAACAAGUCCAGUUUCCUGUUAUUCAACUUCAAGAACUAAUGGAUGAUUGCUCAUCAGUCUUUGAAAAUGAAAAGUUAGCUUCUGUUUCUCUAAAAUAG